GUGAAAGUGAAUUUAUCAGUCUUCCUGUCUCUCUGCACCUAAACUGAUCCUCGACAGAUCACACGACAAACCUGGGCUUUCAUUUGACUUCAAAAUGCUUCCCGUACGCAGUGUCUACCCUCUGGUUUUAGGGAAAACCAUGAACUCCGAUAAGCACUUUAUGGAUCGUCUCAGAUCCGAAGUGAAGCUACAUGAAGUGGACUCGCAGAAUGACUGUGAUGUCCUCAUUACUUUCGUCCCGAUUGUGUCUCGAGCUGGAACGGACAUUCAAGCUGCUCUUGAAAGAAUUCCCACAGAACAUUCAUACAAGCGCGUCGUUCUGGUGUCUCUCCAUCACACAUAUGAUCCUAAUUACAUCGCACCAGACAGCAGACACUCUGUUCACAGGAAUGACGUGUUUGCUGUGGACUGUCUCUAUCAUGAAGACAUGGGACUGCUGAACUCCCGAACCAAUGAUGAGGCACUGAAAAGAGUAAUAAAGCAUCUAGGAGGAGAAACACCAUAUAAGGCUGCGGACAAGACCGAACUGAUUCAUUGGUUAUGCGCCGUGCUGAGCAUCUUUCUUUUUUACUUUGUUCUGCCAGAAGGGUACAGCUUCUUCAACUUCUUAAUUUUGGAGAUAUUGCUGCUGAUUAUCAUAUCUGUGUCCCUGAGAUACUGCAACAAGUAUCUCAAAAAUAGCAAAUACCACCUUGGGAAGUGGACUCCUUGGAUUUUUACUGGUAUGAACGUUGUCCUCAUGCUUGUCACAUAGUCCCUCCGAGGAGUCUGUGCAUGAGUUGAAUGAUGCCACUGAACACAGUCAAAACAUGUGAUACGGAUAAUAUUGCUUUGCCUGAUAUCGUGGUAUGUGGUUUAGAAAACUUGUUAAUAUUAAAUAAACACUUCUCUGUUCAAUAAUAAACUAUAGGCAUGGGGGA